ACGCAGCCCCCGGAAGCCAUCCUUUCUUUUCCGGUGGGCGCCCGGCCCACAGCGCGAGACCCCAAAAUGGCGAGCCGGGGUACGGUCUCGAGGCGCUAGAGGGGUCGCGCCGGGGACGGAACUUCCAAGGUCCGCGCGCGCCCGGGGCCUCGCGCCUUCCCGGCACCGCCGCCUGGGCGCGGGAACCCGGACCUGCCUUCCUCCCCGCGACGGCGCGAGGUGUGGUGACUGCAUAGCCGAGCCCAGGAAGAGGGAAUUGGCGUCCAGGGAAGCCAGAGCUGGGUGGAGUGCCCUUGGGGAGAAGAUCCACUCAUUGGUUUUGUACCAAACCUGACAAGGCCUCAGUUAUCAGGUGGCCCAGGAGGAUGUCACAAGCAGGAGAAAAGCUGUUUCCAGAGCAAAUAAUGAUGAGCCCUGUGAAGGCACCUGCAUGCUUGUACCCACAUGUGGAGGUUUUACAGGGGACUAAGAGGUCUGUGAAAGAGAGUUCCAAUAAGAGUAAGAAAUCCAGCCCACAGAUGGGCAGUCUUAAUCCUGAGAGUGCUCGCCAGCACUUCCGGAGCUUCUGUUAUCAUGACGCACCUGGACCGUAUGAGGCCGUCAGCCAACUGCAGGAAUUAUGCUCUCAGUGGCUGAGGCCAGAGAUCCACUCAAAAGAGCAAAUCUUGGAAUUGCUGGUGCUGGAGCAGUUCCUGGACGUUCUGCCCAGUCAUAUCCAGAACUGGGUGCAGAAGUAUCAUCCACAGAACGUCAAAGAGGCUGUGGCCCUGGUAGACCGCUUUCAGAGAGAAUCUGGUGGAAUAAGCAAUGAGGUCACAGCCCAUGAACUGGGAAAUGACACAGCGCUCUUGGGAGGAACAGAAGUGGCCCCAGUCUUUAAGUGGAAGCCAGCAGAGCCCCAACCAAUGGGUGUGUUCCAGGAAGAAUGUUCGAAUAUAUACCAGGUACUGCAGGAGCCGGGCUGGAAUACUCAGAAAGAAAGCCAGCCUGUGGAUGAAGGAGCUGUGCCUGCUAAAGAGAGUCCAACCUUUUCCCCAAGGUGGAAGUUGGCAUCUGAGCGCACCUUGCCUAAGUCCCAGAGUCCAUUGACAUUUGAAGAUGUGGCCUUGUAUUUUUCGGAGGAAGAAUGGAAAAUAAUGACCCCUGAUCAGAAGACCCUCUACCUUGAUAUAAUGCAGGGUAUCUAUGAGGAUGUCGCCUUUCUAGGGUUAAACCUCAAAAAUGACACUGGAAAUGACCCACCUGUAUCUCUUCCUACAUUAGAGAUACAACCAUCAGGAUGCGAAGUAUUAAGAAAGGCCACCAUGAAAGACGCUGAGACAACAGUGGGCAAUGUAAAUCACGGUGAUACAUUCAGGGUACGGAAACGACCUCGCAGUCCCGAAGCCCCAGCUCUGGCCAGCCACUUUGUGGCUGGUGAUGAACUGCACUAAAACUCUCAAAACGGGCCCUUUCCAUCAAACUCAAGAAAAUUAUCUGAGUGCAGCCAACCUGUUGUUUCACUUUAGCCAAAGGAGGGAGCAGAAGGAAGAAAUGCUUCAUUAGAAACAUGAAUGAUUGACCCUGACCUUAAGGCUGCCCCUCCUGCUAGGAUCACACAGGAGCAUCUGCUCUGGAUGGGCCUGCAGCGGUCCUGGCUGAGCUGCUGACUGGUGCACCAGGAGCUGCACUGAUGGGGGGGGCCUCAUCCCCAUCCCAGAUCCACAUCUGCCCCCUCACUGAUUGCUUGCGGUCCUGGUCCUCAGUUCCUGGGACUAAGAACCACAGCAGCCUGGUUGCCCCUGGGGCAGAGGGGCUGAGCCUCACACCAUGUGCCCUUCUCAGCCACCCAGGUCCCAGCUGAAGAGCUCUGCCUGCCUCACCCCGAGGCCUGAGGCUGCACCCGGGCUACCACAUGCCCCCCGCAGAUUCCCACAGACGGAAGGGCGCUGGUGGCUUCCUCCCUUGUGCCACGUUGCCUGGAAACCCCUGGUCCUGGUGGCCUCUCCUCCACCCCAACUGUGUCCCUCCAGGACCACUUCCGGGAGACUGCCAGCCUUUGGACUGCAUCCCUGGAGUUCUGAGAGACUGUGACAUGGGCUGCAGGGGAGGAGAGGAGCGGAGGACCAGGGGCCUCCUUGGGGCUGAUGCGUAAAUGUGCCCUUUUCAAGUUUGGGUCUCAGGCUCUGUGUGUCUGGAUCCCCAGCCACAGCCUCUUCUGGGCCAGCCUGAGAGGACCUGGGGAGGGCACUAGGGAGGGUCUUUACUUAAUAUGUGCGUGAAUGUGUGUGUGAGUGCGCAUGUUGAGUGCAUGUGUGAGUGUGGGGAUGUGUGUGCGAAUUUGCAUUUGAUGCAUGAGGGCCCGAGUGUGUGAGCAUGGGCAUGUGUGUGUGGGUGGAUGAGUGUAUGGGAUGAGUGCAGAUGCAUGAGUGUACUGAUGUGUGUGUGUGAAGGUACGGGUGUGAGAGUGUGUGUGUGGGUGUGAAUAUACAUGUCAGUGUGCAUGUGUGAAUGCGUGUGUGUGAGUGUUUAUGCACACAUGAGUGGCUGUGCGUUGCAGAAGGUGCUGAGCUGUUUAGUGGGUGUGCUCUGGGGGACGGGCAUCCUGUCCUCCCCAGGCUCCCAGCUCUGUUGGAGCUGCCUGGGCCCUGGGAGGCCGCUUCCCAAAGUGGAGAAAGUAUGUUGGAGAUUCAGGGGACCCGGGCUCAGAGACCCAUCAUCACCUGCAGAGAAUCCCCCCUCCCCUUGGGGCUCUGGCUGGGGCUGUCUGCCCCCGAAGGUAUUGGCUGUGGGAGGGGCGGGCACACGUCCUCAGCACGUGCUCCUGCCACUAUUUUUCUUACCGUUUUGAUCUUGAGUAGUUUGCUGCUGCUGCUCUCCCGCCUCUUCCUCAUCUCACUAGGCCUCUGCUGCUCUCCUCUCUAUGCACUUUAUUUAUUUACAAUCUCUU